CUCUGUUUACACUCGUUAAGGAAUCAGUGAAGGAUCAGACAAUACAGUCGAUCAGGGAAUUAACAAUGCCGCACACACUAAUUUGGAUUUACACUGUGCUUCUAUUAAUCAACGCGAAACUGUCUAGUCAAAUUUCUCUGACUGACAAAGGGUUUACUGGUGAGGAGAAUGAUGAGGGUGUGUCAGUGACAUUCACCGCUGUUAGUGUGCUGGACAGUAAGCUCACCCAGAUCUUCUUCCCAGUUGUAUACAUCAUCAUCUACAGUGUGGGCUUGCCAACCAAUGCUAUGGCCAUCUGGGUCUUCCUUUUUAGAACAAAGAAGAAACACCCAUCAUCCAUCUUCAUGGCCAACCUUGCACUGGCGGACCUCCUAUUUGUCAUCUGGAUUCCUCUAAAGAUCGCAUACCAUUUCAAUGGGAAUAACUGGAUCUACGGUGAAGCCCUGUGCAAAGUAUUAGUUGGGUUUUUCUACGGGAACAUGUACUGUUCUACUGCUUUUAUCGCGUGCAUCAGUGUUCAGAGGUAUUGGGCCAUAGUACAUCCUCUUUCCCAGCAAAAAUGUAAUAACAAGUUGGCAGUGGGUGUGUCUGUGUGUGUGUGGUUGGUUGUGUGGCUUAUUACCAUUCCUCUAUAUCUUUACGACCAGACUGUGAAGGUCACCAACCUUGACAUCCUCACCUGCCAUGAUGUCACUCGCCCCAGCCAAUCACUCUACCCUUCUAUCUAUUUCCUGACCAUGGGAGUUGUAGGAUUUGUAGUUCCCUGUGUAGUGUGCAUAGUGACUUAUGUACAGAUGCUGCGCACUCUCAAGAGCUCUAUGACGGAUGCCAUCAUUGUUCAGAAGCGGAGGAAGACUAUUAUCCUCAUCGUCACGGUACUGGUAAUGUUCCUGGUUUGUUUCACACCCAGUAACAUCAUGCUUAUGGUGCAUUACUCCCUGUUGUCUGCCGGUGUGAAGAACAAUGGGUACGGCUUCUACAUCACUACACUGUGCCUGGCCAGUCUCAACUGCUGUGUUGAUCCGUUUGUGUACUAUUUCAUCUCGGAUGAGUUCAGGGAGCAUGUCAGAAACACGUUUCUAUGCCGCAGCGAACGCACAGCGAAGAGGAUUCGGGUGUCCUUCAGUGCACUCAAGUAUUCUAAGAAAAGCAGUACCUACACAUCAGACUCUGGAAAUACACAGAGCAGCUCCUACUAGGAAUGAAUUUCAGAGACUACAAGCUGUUUUGAAAUAUGUGCAGGGACACCCAGAUAAUGACCUCUAGAAAUCUAUAUGACCUCUCAUUAAUGGUAUUAUGAACUAUGCGAACUUAAAAUGCAAGGACAGAUAUCAGAAAUGUGCACUGAAUUGCGGGUUCAAUACAAGUUAAGUGCGACGACAGCAUUUGUGGCAUAAUAUUGAUUGCCACAUAAAAUAUAUAUAUAUAUAUAAUUUUUUACUUUUACAGUAAGGCACUUACAAUGUAAAGUACAUGGGGCCAGCAAAUAAACAUUAAAAUAUAAAUUGUUUCAAAAUUGCCACAAGAUGUAAACAUUAUACGUGUUAACUUGAUUUUGGAGUGACAAAAUUGCUUAAUACCCUUAUCAGUGUGACGUUAUAUCAAAUAUUAUACUUUGUUGCCAUGAUGAAGCAAUACCGCUAAACACUAAUAGCAAUAUUAUUACACUAAAAUGAUGCAGAACAGAGAUUUUAUCACACUUAAAUCAUGUUAACACGCAUAAUGUUUACGUCUUGUGGCUAUUUUUUUGAAACUGUGAGUAUUUUAUUGUUUAUGGACUGGCCCCAUUCACUUCCACUGGAAGUGCCUUAUUGUAACUUUUUAGGCCACAAAUGCUGUCACUUGAGCUUAAUAUAUAUUGAACCCAGAAUACUUCUUUAAAUGGAGUACUGCAGUAAAUUUAGUCAACAAAAAUCUCAAUCAAACCAUUUCAUCAAACCAUGAAAUCUUGCCUUGAAAGUUAUUUUUUUAUUUGUUUGAUUAUUUCAUUUUAAUGUCCAGAAUAGGUAAAGAAUGGAAUCCAGCCCAUGUGUGAAUGUCUGAAGGUCUUUUAAAAGAAAUCCAUAAAGGUUUUAAAACAGCACUUCUUGGAAUCCCAUAUUAGCCUCUUGUUUGGCAACAGUCACCAUGGUUUGAGUGUUGUCAUUGUUUUAUGUGGCAUUACGUUACUAGUUACAGGUUGCCUUGAAGUUGGGAAUGGAGACCUCUGUGGGUUUAUUUUAUAUAUAUAUAUAUAUAUCUCAUCUGCAUUGUUUUGUUUGCUCAUGUUUCGUGUGAUUUCUCAGAAUCUUCUCUUUUAUUGAUCUUUAGUCUAGAUCAAAAGGAUGUACGGUAGAAGGUGACUGAAUGACAGGAGUGUUCUUGCUUUGAGCACCUUUUAGGCCUUCCUGAAGCAUUUUACAUUCAUGUUUACAUAUAUGGGCGUUUCAUGAAUCUUAUACAAAGCGCUAAAUGAAUGUGAGAUGUUCUAUGAAUCAUUCUAUAAGUGAUCAAUUUUAGAUGUGUGAAUGUAUGCAUAACUUACUGUAACUGAGAUUGGUACUAAAGCACUAAAUGCCAAAGUGGUAGCACAAUUGACUAUGUCAUUUUUUAUGCAUAAUCUUAUAAGAGAACAUUUUUGUUUUCCUGUUUAUUUACACCUUUCCCCCUCACCUGGUUUUCAAAACACAGUAUAUAUGUUUUAAUGUUAUUGUAUAUGUGACUGCAAUUUGUAUCUGACAUAUUUUAAAAAAAC